AUGACGCCUAAUAUUACAGAGAGUAUAAAUGUUGCACUAAUGUCUGUGAGGAAAUUACCAAUUUUUGAUUUUCUGGAAGAAGUUAGACUGAUGUUUGGGAGAUGGAAUCAUGAUAACAAACACGAGGCAGUAUGCACAUUUACUCCGUUGAUUGAAAAAUUUCAAAAUAUACUGGUCGAAAAUAAAGCAAUGAGCACACGAAUGGAGGUUGUGUCGUCGACUAAAUAUAUAUACAAUGUGACUGAUGAUGGUAGGAGUUUUGUGGUCUGUUUAAAGAAUAAAACAUGUAGCUGUGAAAAGUUUCAAUACGAAGAAAUAUCAUGUGAACAUGCUUGGGUUGUGCUGAAGCGAAAAAGUCUAAUAGUUGAUGGAUAUUGCUUGGAUUUGUAUAAACUAAUGACAAUUUUAAAGAUUUAUGAGCUAUCGAUUUAUCCAUUGCCUGAUGUAGCAGAAUGGGUGAUACCUGAAUACAUAAUGUAUGAUGAAGUUCAGCCUCCAAAGUUCAAAGGACCUCCGGGAAGGUCAAAAAAGAAACCUCGUGCAAAAACAAUACGUGAAUUGCUCGGUCUCAAAGGGCAGCAUACAUGUAGCACAUGUGAAGUUGCAGGUCACAAUAGGCGUUCGUGUAGAAAUAGGCCUCAAGAAGUUUAA